CUAUUUAUGCAUCUUGAGUAAUAACAACAAACUAGAUGUUCACCAAAUAGGUUAGCAUAAACUCUCAGUUCACCCACUACUGCUACUUUAAUAAUGUUUCUCCUUCCCAACAGGGUAGCUGUUACUUAAUGGGAGUGGAGCCGGGCUGCGAAUGGGAGGAAGUCUGCAGAUUUCACACAUGAUGGACUGCAACGACUCCCAUGCCCUGCUGUCUAGGGAGCAGCUCAUCUAUGCCAUCACAAUACCGCUGUCGACCUCCAUCAUCUUGGCCAACCUGGUCAUCAUCCUGGGCAUUGCCUGGAACCGCCAGCUCCACAACACGCCCAACUACUUCUUCCUCAGCCUGUUAGUGGCAGAUCUGUGCACGGGCGUGGCGCUGCCUUUCAUACCGUUGAUGGGUCUGAACCGGGAGUUGAGUUUUAGCUCCUGCAUGGUGGCUCACAUUUUCCCAAACUUCCUCUUCCUGGCGUUCCUUUUAAACCUAGUAAUGGUGCACUAUGAGCGCUACAUUUGCAUCGUCGACCCCUUGCAUUACAAUAACUUGUGGAUGCAUCGUAGUUUUCCUCUAGCAUUGCUGGUGGUGUGGGCGCCACCGCUUCUGUACGCAUCUCUACCUGCUUUUGGGUGGAAUAACUGGACAGGGCCAGAUUGGAACGGCUGUUGCGCAAGCAGCCAACAGAUAAUGGCACUUUCAAACUGUUCGGUGAACAGAACCACGUGCUGCUCGUACAGGCGAGUUUUUCCCAAUGCUUUUAUCUACUUGGAGGUGUAUGGACUCGUCUUACCUGCUAUUCUUACCAUCGCUGGCAUGACUGGCCGCGUUUUAUGGAUCACCCGAGGCCAGCUGAAGGACAUUUGUCGUCUCCAUCGCUCAGUGGAGCGAGGAAGUCAGGCCUCAGACCGAGAGCAGAGGCUGAACCUGCGGUACACUCGCUGCGUGGUGGCGGUGUCGCUGACCUUUCUGGCAUGCUGGGUUCCCUACCUCAUUUACAUGCAUGUCUGCAUAGCCUUCUUGAUGAGUGACACCAAGUGGAACUCCACCACCCACAUCGUGCUCUCGUGCACCGGUAUUGGAAGCAUGGCUGUGGUGCCGCUGGUUCUCGGCCUGGCUAACAGGCAGUAUACCGAACCAGCUUACAAACUAAUGCAGAAACUCAGAGACAGAUGGAGGCGACGGACACAGGGAUCAGAGGAGGAGGUGGCAGUCUAAAGAAAUACUGAUAAAUAUGAAUAUUUAUGGGGAUGUAUUCUGCAAGAAAUUAUGUUGCUAGGGUUGAUGAACAUCAUGCCCACAGUAUAUUGAUCAAGGCCACCAGGGGGGAAUAACACAUUUGCGUUGAUUCUUUCACAAUUUAUUUAUCAAUGAUCCCAAAAAAAGGCCACCUAUUGUUUUACCACCACUACACUAGGUAACUGUACUUUCUGAAGGUUUACCACAGAUUUUCAUAAUUUAACUGACAAUAUUACUGUAUCAGGAGAUACAAAAAAAUCUAAAAUAUUGUCUCUGCUUCUUCGUAAUUUAACUCAUUCUUUUAACCACUAAAAAAUAACAGGAUAUGGUUUGUCAUAGAGAUGGACCUUUUGUAGGAUUAGCCAAAAGACAAUACCAAUACUGAGCUGUAGUCCAUCACGAGAUCUUGUUCUCCUGAUGGCUUUAAUUGUUAUCAUCGUACAGGCCUUUAUGUUGGUGUUAACUUCUAGUCACAUUUCACACUGGGCUGAUAAAUAAAAUACAGGUGGAAAAGCAGGUGAUCAUGGGAAAAAACCUCACAGGUACACAAUACAAGGCUGUAAUUAUUACUGGGGCGGGGGUGGAAAAUUACCCACGUACGCACUCUGGACCGAAUUAAAAUCAGAUGAAAUCACUCCACCUCCCUUAGAGAAAUAAAUCCAGUCCAAAUGGUCCUUUAAGAAGCCACAGCCAUACUAGCACUCUGUGAGGCUAAUUAGGCAUCAGCAUGCAUACAUUGCUAUCCUACUGAUGUUUAGCAGGUAACAUAAUAAUAUAGCUUAUUUUUCUUAUAUUUCCAUAAACACUUCAUGUGAAAAAUCUCACAAUAGUCUUUUCUUUGUUUCAUUAUAAAUAAUACAUCUUCUCAUUUGGACAUUACUGAAUUCUCCUAAGCUGCCUAGAAAUAAGGAGCAAAAGAAUAAAUCCAUCUAAAGCAAAUUAUCUUGUUAUCCAGUUUGAGAAUGGAGGCAAGGCAAGCAGGUUUAUACACAGAUUGUGAUUAGAAUAUCUGCUUUUGUUGCUUUGACAGCUCUGUGAACAGAUAAAAUAUACAGAGUUGAGACAAAUUUCUGAUACUGUACAGGCUUUUAUUUAUAAGACAGUCAAGUGUUCUUUUGGAUAUUACUGCUAUCUCAAGAGCUGAUUAGGUCAGACAAAUAAAGAUCUGUACAGCGAGAGAGAAAAAGAGCAUUUUAAGAUCUUAAAUAAGGAUCGGACAGGAGAAAUUACAUCUCUAGUGAUUAAUUUAAAAGAUAUAAGAAAAUGGUCAAAAUCUCAUGUUGAAGCUGAAUUGAGCUCAAAUAUAUCUAAAAGAAAUAGACUGGAUUUUCCUUUCGUCUUCACCAUGAAUACAUUGUGGGGAAAGACGAACAGUAUAUCCUCAUUUCUCUAUGUGCUGCCUGCUUUAGACAUCAGUUUAAAAUUUAAGGGGUCAUAGUUUUUCUCCAUCUCUCACCCACCUGCUUGCAAUGUUUACUCCUACUUCCCUAAGUAGUGUUUAUCUAUAUACUGGUAUGCAAGCUUAAGAGGGGAGAGGGUGCAUUCACAGUCCGUAAUACAUCUACAAGACAUGAGGGAAUUAGGGCUUCAGCAAGAAUUUGCAGGAAAAGAGACAUAGAAAUGAAAAUCCACAAAGUUAUGAGUUUCCAGUUUCUGCCAUAUGAUAAUAGAUAAAUGUUGGUUAAAUACUGUAAAAGCAGUCUUGUGCUUCAGAGAAACAUCUGCUGCUUGCCAACUGUAUUUGAAGAAUGAAACUUUAAUUUGCUGUAAAGAUCCAUUCAAGGGAAAUUAGAUUUUUAUUUGAGACUUGAUUAAACAGAGUGUAUGCCAUGCUAUUUGUUCCCUCAAUUAAGAUGUGGUUUUAAAUGGGUACAUACAGUAUGUGGGUGGACAAGAGACAGCCAGUAAAGGCGAGCUGGAAAAGCAGACUUUAAUCAGAUUAAAGAGCAAACAAGGUCUUAACUGUUGUGGGAGAUUAGGAGAGAUGGGAUAUCAUCAUGGGGUCAGGGUACACUCUGUAUGUCUUUUGUCUGUGUCGUUUUGCUAAGCCAAGUUUGUUUUCCACAUCGGAAUAAUUUUGUGUACGUACGUGUCUGGAAGACAGAGGAGAACCGGGAGAGUUGGAGGUGGAGGGAAAAAUGAAGACAGGGCAAGACUUUCGGGCUCCAGCUACUAAUGAGUAGAAAGCCUCUGACUGGUUUUAUCUAACAAACACACUGUGCCUGUACAUUGUGUCUGGAUUCUAUACAUAUAAGUAAUGGUUCAACAUUUUGUAAAUAUUCACUCCGAGAGUGGAAUGAGAAGAUCGACACCACUUUCACUCCUCUCUGUUAAAUGUAGCUGGAGCGGCUACCUGCCUGGCUCUGUCCUGGGGUACCAAAAUCUGCCCACCAACACCUCCAAAGCUUAUUGAUUAACAGGUUGUGUCUUGAUUGUUUAUUUUAGUUCAUACAGAAAUUGUAAAAACUACAAUUUGCCAUUUGAUGUGUGUAAUUUUUACACUUUUUGCUGAGAUCUAUUGUGUUAAUCAUUAAGUUUUAAAUGGUACCUUUGGACAGAGCCAGGCUAGAAAUAUAAAUAUAUUUACCAAAUAUCUAAAUAUUUCUUAAAGUAAAUAUACUGUUCGUGUUUGAAAAAAAGAAGAAAGCAGACACAUUGUUCAUGUUCCU